UGUAUUAUACGUCUGACAAGGAAGGUGAUGAUUCGACUGGUGACGGUACUGAAUCUAAACCAUUCAAGACUGUACUCCAGGCAUUGAGAGCUGGUGGUAGUGAUGAAUCCUCAUUGAUUAUGGUUGACGCUAAAAGUGAUGACAAACGUUAUGAGGAAGUCUCGUUGAGUCAGUUAAAGAAGAUUAAGAAGAUAUACCAACGUGAGCAAUACAAAGGAGCAGCCAAAGAAGAGAAAGAUAAAGAAGACAUGCUUCGUCGUGCUGAGAAUCUUGAAAAGGCAAAACAGAUCAAGUUUGAGCAGGAUCCAUCUCUACCCCCAGCUAAAACUAUAAAGAUACGUGACAGCACAGCUAAUCGUGAGACUCGUGUUGCUGUUAACGGAUGGAUACACAGACUAAGGAGACAAGGUCAGCUAUCAAUGCAUCAUGAAUAUGUACAUACCCUGGAGUCAAAACUUUGUAUUUUAAGUAUCAUUAUUUGAAAA